AUGGUCGAGCGCGCACAAGGCGGAUGCGUACGAUGUGCGCGUAAGAAACGCAGGUCUGACUGUUUUCCUUUCUUCAAGUGUGAUCGAAAGACUCCUCGCUGCUCGCUAUGCGUCAAACAUGGCGACGAAUGCGAGCUUCAGAAUUUCAAGAACUGGACUGUAUUCCAGCCACCGAGAAAGAUUUCCAGCUCCACCACAAGACACCCUACUUCCAGAACCAGUCCGAACACUGCUGCUGCUAGCCUGCCUUCUCCUUCAACAGGUCCCAUCCAGUCAUUGUAUUUGCCUUAUACUCCCGAAUGCAAUGUAUCUUUUGGUGAUACUGGACAGGAUAAGUCGGUGGGAGCAUUGGGGACUGCUAUCAACGACAUCCAGAUGCCUCCUAACCCAGCUCUUGAUCCGAAGUGGCUUCCGGGCUUCCCGAUUGUCACAAAUAAUGACUUUUGCGGCUUCGGCACUUCAGUAUCCGAUGACGACGAGAGCCCCUCAAUUAUUGAGUUGACAACAAUAUCAGGUGUAGACGCCGAAGUGGAUCAAGUUCUCCUGUCUUCCCCCUCCUCAGUUGUCGACACAAUGUCGCUGACUUACUGCCCCAUGCCAUGGCCUUCUGACAUGCUGCAGUCUCCUCAGCGACGUUUUCUUUGGCACUACUUUAUACAAACGGCAUCAACUCGCCUGUUGUGUCUAGAACAAGAUGACAUGCGCCGAGUACCAGAUUUAUGUGAUCCGUUUACCACUGUCUUGCCGACAAUGGCACUGGCUCAUGAGCCAUUACGAGCUACCGUGUACUGCCUGGCCGCUGCCCAUCAUCACCCCUCGAUUGGACGAGAUAUGUACCGGAAUCUGACCAAGAGUGCCUCACUUAUGGUGACAAAGGCCUUUGAACAGUUGAUUCCAGCAGUUCAUCAUCAAGAUAAUUUCACGGUAGCUGUAACGAUCGUGGCUGGUAUAUUUCUCAAACUCGCUGGAGAAGAGAGUGGUCGCGGCCAUCUCAGAUCGGCUGCUAAGCUUGCAGCUCUGUUUCUUCAGAAAUCACAAUCAUGGACCCGCCUUUCGGCUCCUUACAUACAAAUGACCUUGGCCCUCCUCCGAUGGUGUAUAAUCUCUACGGCCUGUUCUCUAAAGCCAGACCAGGAUCUCGCGAGUGAGAACUUGUACUCCGCCGUCAAGAUCUGCCCUGACGAGCUGCGUUAUAAUUACGCGUUUCCAUUUCAAUCUUGGACUGCUCACCCCCUGUAUGCCUUUUCACAGAACUUAAUUAACCCACUGCUUCAAAUGGCAGGUAUACUUAAUGCCCGGAAGCAUGAGAUAAACGAGCCCAUGGAUGCUUGCUCGGCUCAUGAACAUCAAGAUAACGGUCUUGAGGAGGCACUAACAGGUGCUUGCCAAAAGGACAUUAUCUCUUUAUCUGUAGCGGAAGAUUCAAUGGGGCUUCGUUUCUUGAACGAGUCGAUGCACGCAGCUGCGUCCAUCUUGUUAUAUACUCGGGUCAACAAGCUUCCAUUCACCGCCCCGUUAGUUAGGCAGCAGGUUCGUAUCGUGUUGCACAGGGUAUCUAAAAUUGAUGCUGCGCAACGUGUCAAGGGUGCCGCGCUCUUCCCUCUGUUUGUCAGUGGAUGCGAAGCAGUUGAUGGACAGGUCCGAGUCCGGAUAUUGGACGAACUCCGAUCUCUGGAAAGCACAUUCGCCCACCCAGAAGAUAGAACAUCGGCACUGCAGCACGGCUUAUAUGGCCGCAGUGGAUAUGGCAAAUGGACUUGA